CUAAGCCAAAAAAAAAUUAGAGAGCUGACGUCUUAUACUGACACUUUACCCCAGCACCACAAAUACCAAUAAACACCAUGGAGAACGAUGCUGCUGCUAAAUCCAUUGAAAUGUGGAAGAUCAAGAAAUUGAUCAAGUCGCUUGAGAUGGCCCGUGGUAACGGAACGUCGAUGAUCUCGUUGAUCAUCCCACCUAAAGGUCAGAUUUCGCUCACACAAAAGAUGUUGACGGAAGAAUACGGCACUGCGCUGAACAUCAAGUCACGUGUCAACCGGUUGUCGGUUUUGUCUGCCAUCACGUCCACGCAGCAGAAGUUGAAGUUGUACUCGCACGUGCCCAAGAACGGGUUGGUCAUUUACUGUGGAGAUGUGCUCACGGACGAAGGAAAGGAGAAGAAGUUGAACAUUGAUUUCGAGCCCUUCAAGCCCAUCAACACCUCCUUGUACUUGUGUGACAACAAGUUCCACGUCGAGGCGCUUUCGGAGUUGUUGCAGGAUGAUGACAGAUUCGGAUUCAUUGUGAUGGACGGUAACGGUGCGCUUUUUGGUGCCGUUUCAGGAAACAACAGAGACGUCUUACACAAGUUCACCGUGGACUUGCCCAAGAAACACGGAAGAGGUGGUCAGUCCGCCAUGCGUUUCUCGCGGUUGAGAGAGGAGAAAAGACACAACUACGUGAGAAAGGUUGCCGAGGUUGCCGUGCAGAACUUCAUUGAAAACGACAAGGUCAACGUCAAGGGCUUGAUUUUGGCCGGUUCCGCCGACUUCAAAAACGAGUUGUCCAAGUCGGACUUGUUUGACGGCCGUUUGCAGGCACGUGUCAUUAAGAUUGUCGAUAUUUCUUACGGAGGAGAGAACGGUUUCAACCAGGCCGUGGACCUCUCUGCCGAGACGUUGGCCAACGUCAAGUUCGUGCAGGAAAAGAAGUUGUUGAACCAGUACUUCGACGAGAUCUCGCAAGACUCGGGCAGAUUCUGCUACUCCAUUGAUGACACUUUGAAGGCGCUCGACUUGGGUGCUUGUGAGGUGGUUAUUGUGUACGAGAACUUGAACAUCGUCAGAUACACUUUGAAGGACAGCGAAGACAACGAGGUCAUCGUCAACGUCAACCCAGACUUGCCCGACAAGUCCUACAUGUUGGACAAGGCCACGGGCACCGAGAUGGAGAUCGUCAAAGAGGAGAUGUUCUUGGAAUGGUUGGCUGAGAACUACAAGUCCUUUGGAGCCACGCUUGAAUUCGUCACCGACAGAUCGUCCGAGGGUGCUCAGUUCGUACAAGGCUUCGGUGGUAUCGGAGCCCUUUUGAGAUACAAGGUGAACUUCGACGCGUUGGUGGACGAGUCCGAGGAAGACGAAUACUACGACGACAGCGACGACGACUUUAUCUAAGCAUACACUUCUUCUUCUCACAUCUGUACCUUUAGCAAUACAUUCAUUCAAUUAGUUCCGAAAAACGCAUGUGCUGCUGAGGCUCUCCUGAUAUACAUGGAGCCCUACUGCUUCUUACUCACUCUGUUGCGC